AUGCACGAUGAUGACAUUGACGAGGAUGAUCUACCCCUCGAGGAAAUCGAUGAAAGUGACUACUCUGAAGAGUAUGAGGAUGACUUCGAGGAUGAGCCAUAUUCUGAGGAGGAGCCUGUGAUGUCUGAUAUUGAGGAGGUCUACAUGGGCCCCGGUGCAGGCGCCCUAUCAAUCGUGCGCGAGGAGGAGGAUCUUUCAAGGGUGAUGAACAACUACGAACAGGAUUUGGCAAGAAACUCCGGUUCUGCAUCUCCUGCUCCGUCACCAACCCUUCAGCCGCGGAGGACUGGAAGCCUCGAGCGGAGCCCAAUGGCACCUCCACCUCCACCUGCUCCUGGCUCUAUCAUGGACGUUCGCUCUCGUGCCUCGCGAUUGAGAGAGGAGCUGAUCUGCAAGAUGGGUCAGGAAACUUUCGAGAAGGCCUUCAACUUUCUCUACGGCGCCCGCAUGAAGAACGCUGAUCAACGCAGCGUCAAGCGGGACCUGGAAGCACUGGUCGGUCGACAGGUCUACAAGGACUACUGCUUUGACGUGGACCAGCUCGUUUUUCAGCAGUUAACAUACGGUGGUACCUGA